AACUUGUCUACAGUAAUUAAAGGUAUAGUACUCGAGACAUACAACAAUAAAAAUGUUUACUUCGGAGAUUGUCACGAGUAAAGAGCCCUCAUUCAAUUGAACUCUCUUAAACCAGCAAGACAUGGACGAAAAGAAGCGCAUGAAAGAGCUACUGAAUGAGGGUGUCAAAGUGUUUGAUUGGGCAAGAUGGAUAUCUGUGGGAAUCGGUGUCUGGCCUCUCGCUCUAAAUAGUUAUAUUUUUAAUAUAGCUUUUUUUUACUUUACAAUUGUUAUGAUUUUUGAAUAUAUUGAUCUCUUUGUACAUGUUUACGAUUUUGCGGCCGUUGUGGACAAUCUAUCGGAAAAUCUAGCUCUUACCAUCGUUUAUUCCUACACCUUUUCACUACGAUUUUAUAACAAAAAGUUGGCUCUAGUAUUCAAAGAAGCUUUGAUGGAUUACAAAAGUGCAAGUGCGUUCAAAAAUUUAAAAGAAGUCGAAGUAUUUAUUAUUUAUACCAAUACUGCAAAAUUUUUCGCCAAGUACAUUAUUAUAUUAAUUGCGCUAACGGAUAUUGUUUGGUUGGUACAGCCGUUGCUAACAUUUUUUAUGUUUGAUAACACAAUAUCUAUUGACAAUAAAACGACGUCAUUUAUUUUACCAUAUCACUUUCAUGUAUUUUAUGAAAUAAAUGAUAAUAAAAUUUAUGCAUUAACAUAUUUUUGGCAAACUCCACAUGCUGCUAUUAAUUGUUUCGGUAUCAGUAGUCUUAAUGUGUUUUUGUUAAUUCUUGUUUUCCAUAUAAGUGGAAGGUUGGCUAUUUUGACUUUAAGAAUUGAUGAAUUUGAAUUCAAAAAAAUAAAUUCCCGGAAUGAACUUAUUGGGAUUAUUGUCGAACAUAUCAAAAUUAUGAAGUUGGGAGAUAGAGUUUCCGACAUAUUUGCUACACCAUUAUUGAUAUUUUUUGUUUUGACAAAUUUACUUUUGUGUAUUAGUGUGUAUCAAAUACUACUUAAUUUUGUAACGGGGUUGAAUUCAGAUGUUUUUCAAUAUAUUAUACUUUUGAUAACAGUUUAUCUUAUGUUAUUUGUUAUCUGCAUGAAUGGCGAACUUCUUUCACUUGAGGGUAAUAAAGUCAGUCAAGCAUUUUACAAUUGCAGUGGAUACAAUUUACCAAAAGACUGUGUAAAAAAUAUUACUUAUUGUUUAGUUCGCUCACAAAAACCUAUUGCGAUAAAGGCGGGAAAAUUUUCAACUUUUAGUUACGGUACAUUGACUGAUAUAACAAAGACGGCUAUGGGAUACUUAUCUAUAUUGAGAAAAUUUUUAAUGGAUCAAUAAUAUUUUCAAUAAGUUAAAUUUAUCCCAACAAAUCGUAGAUAAAAUUUAAUUAUUCAUAUAUGUUAUUAUAUAGAUAUUUAUUUUUAGAAUUUUGUGAACGUAAGUACAAUAGAUGAAAUUGUAAAAAUAAAAAGAAAAAAAUUAUUAAAUAAUA